GCUCAAGAGCAGUUGUUCUACACCCGCCUUUGACAAGCCGCUUCGAGCAAAGCAAUGCCUUCGCCCACCUUGCGCCAGCUGUCGCACAAGGCGACGCCGCAGGGUGUCGACGCCCAAGGAGGCGUAUCUGGCACCGUAUCUGGUGGCGACGCGGGUAUGCCCGCUACCAGCAGCGACGACCCGUUCAUGAUGGGGGAGCAGACGUCGAUCACGACCGCGGGCGCAGCCGAGGCUCCGCACCCGAGCGGCACCGAGGCCCCCCCUCGCCCCGCGCACGCCGCGGACGAGGCGGAGGGCGCCGCCCCCCCGCCGGACGGCGAGGGGCAGGCGGGGGCGCCGAAGGCCCCGCUCCCGAGCGGCGCCGAGGCCCCGCCCGACGCCGCGGGCGAGGCGGAGGGCACCGCCCAGCUGCUGGGCGGCGAGGGGCAGGGGGAGUCGAAGGCUUCGGCUCCGGCCGGCCCCGCGGUCUUGGCCUCGGCGUGGGGCAACCAGGCCAGCAGGGCGACCCUGCGGGCCAGCGGCUCGCUGGCCAGCUCCGCGGAGGAGGACGACGAGGAGUUGGAAAAGCAGCCCUGGUGCUGGGCGUGCAAGCAGCACUGCGGCAAGGGCAAGGGCGGCUGGUGCUACUGGCUGUUCGUCCUCUCGUUCCUGUCCAUGCUGUUCCUGUUCCCUCUCUUCCUGAAAUGGAUGAUAACCGUGCCUAUGCCGCUAGAGUACUGGAACCAGCUCUUCCCGGAGUUCCCCGUGCUGUCAGACCAGACGUUCGUCCAGGAGCAAAAAGUGUCAGGCUACAGCGUGGACAUUUCCCCUAUUCCAACCACGUGGAGCGGCUGCAACCACACUUGCGGCGCGGCGGGCGGAUUCCUUCAGACCAGCGAAAUGAAUUUCCAAGUCGACAUGUCUCUUGAGGCCCCGGGCUACGACCACACCGUGUACCCGGUGCUCUUCGCGUCUAACGACUUCCAGAAGUGGUGGUUGGCUGCCGACAGAAGGCACGCGGAGCCCCAGCCCUACUUCGCGGGCGUUUCCUCAGAUGACGUGGGGCACAGGUACGUAACCGAGCAGUGCACUCACCCGCACCACCUGGACGACACUACGACAACCAGCGGCACUGCUUCGGCGCCGUCGAUGGACACAUAUGCGACUAGCCCUACCUACGUGCUCGUCUGUGUGGCUUGGGAUGUUGAGAAGCUGCGCUUGCACGAGGAGGCGGAGGACGCCGAGAACUACGAUCUCAGUAAGGAGGACCUGGCCACGAUGUGCAACGCAGUCGGUGGCGUUGCCGGCUGGCCCUGCGGCAAGAACCCGGGCGCUGCUGCCUUGCCGGGCGUGCGUGCUGACGGGGUGAUCCAGGUGGACCCCCCCAGCGGCACGGUGGCAGGCGUCCUUGUGAACAAUUCCCACUUCGAAGGCGCGGCUUCCAUCCACGCCUGCCUCAGCUCCCCGGAUCAUGCCGAGUGCGUGGCCUCCACGCUCAGAAUGUCAGACUGGCCGUGCCAGCAGUGCGUGGACGUCGAAGAGAAGCAGUGCGAACCAGGCCCACAGUGCUUGCAGACCGAUCGCAAGCCCAUUGUCACGCUCAACAUGUACGACAGCUAUCCGCAGCUCGAGAUUCAACUGAAAGGGAUGCCCACCGAUGAGGUGAGGCGCGGGUCGGUGCCGAGGGCCUUUGUGAUGACGUCCCCGCUGCACUAUGCGGGCCAGGAGGCAUGGGGCCCCUGGGGCCUGACGGACGGGGGCACCUGGAGGAAGCUCUACGAGCCGCACAAGUACUAUGUCGACAACAGCAACAACGAGCUGGAGCGAGCCCCGCCGCGCCCUUACGCCGCCUACCUGGCCGAGCUGGAGGGCGACUCCGACGAGGCCGAGUACACCGGGGGGGGCGAGUCCGAGGCCAGGCGCCUCGCGGCGUCCGCGGGCGAGGCGAUGGGCGAGCUCGCGGGGUCGCUGGCCCAGUUCGCCCGGAGGCUCAGCCGGCGGGGUGACGAGACCGAGGAGGAGGAGGAGGAGGAGGCCAUGAGCGACCAGCCGGAGGACACGACGCCCUACGUCCCCGAGGAGGACAAUGCGCGCAACAAGAUGGAGUUCUACCAGCGCAACCGCGUCUCGCUCCAGCCAAGCUGGUGCUUCGGGGAGCGAGGGCCCCUCUACCUCGUGGCGUGCGCCGCGAACGAGAGCACCUUCGCGGGCGGCUUCUCGCUCGGCGAGGGCCAGGCCAUCGCACCCCCGCCGUUCAACGACCGCUGCCUGGCUGUCUCGGGCCGCUGCGCCUAUGCCUGCAUGGAGCAGCAGUCGCCUGGCAUCAAGUACUGCGACGCGAGCGGGAGAAUUGAUUGGAGCAUGCUCACUGAGAACUUCGAGCCUCCAUCUAACAGCGGCGUAGAGGUAAACAUAUUCAUUCAAGACCGGGGGUCGGCGGAUUUGGAUGCUCCUCUUCGGCUUUGCUGUCAAGGUGGUAACCUUUUUCCCUGGCCUGUUCGUGCCUUACAAGGCGGCGAGGUAUUACGAGCAGCAGCAGACGGAUCAGUUCAAGUACAUAUCGGUGGUCUGUCCGACCAGCAGCGAGACGAAGGCAUGCGUUUUGCGCAACCUCGUCGGUGCCAUAUCCAGCAUGCCCAGCAGCUGUCGCUGCCCCUUUAA